GUGGAAUGGCCACAUCAAGUGGGGCCCUGGUCGAAGACUCUGAAGAGGUCAGCCCCACGGCUCUUGGCAGGCUGCUGGCCGCCGAUGUAGGUCAGGUACAGACUUGGAAGACAUCCGGAUGGAAGUCAGGGAAAUGGGAGUUUGUCUUUCUCUUGCGCCGUGUCGAUUUGUGGUGGAUCUUUACACAGCCGGGCAAGCCCUGCCCAACAGAUGCGGGGGCAUGGAGGAAAGGGAACCACAUUGCGCUGGUACGGGGCCAGACUGUGGUGGAUUUCAGUGACAAAGAGGCGGGCGAGUGGUUUGUGAAAUUCGGGGAUGACUGCCACUACUUCAAAGCCAGGUCCACAGGUGAGGCAGCCCUCUGGGUGAUGGCGCUGCGGCGAAGGGUGCAUCCAUGGAAUGAUGAGUUGCAAGGUCAAACAGCUGGAGAGCUGGUGGGAGAUGCUGGCCACCAUGACAAGGUGAUGGGACCCAUCAGUUUGAGUCAUUCGACAGCUGCUCAGGAAAUGGUCAAGGCGCUGGGGGCAGUUGCUGGUUUCACUAAAGAGGUGCUGGGCACUCUGCCCAUCGCUGGUCCCACCCUAUCGCUGCUGGGUUUCGCCAUGGAGGCAGUGUGUGAAGGAGCAGCUGAUGCUGAAAACAUUCGCCCUGCAAGGGCACUGCUGGAGGAAGUGGCAAACUGGACCAUGGAGGUGCUGCGCAGGGCAUCGAAGCUGCAUGAUGAAGAUUACAAGCAGGAGAUUUUCAAAGUGCUGGACGGUAUUGAAAGUGCUGCCCGCAUGCUUGAAAGGCAUCGAUACAGGUCCACAGCAGGGAAGCUCAAAAACACGUUUUUGAAAAGGGGCACAGGGUCACUGGCUAUUGUGGAUUUGCUGAAGCAAUGCAAAGAUGAUCUGAGCAAACUCCAGAUCCAUCAGCUGGAGAAGCUGCAAAUUGCAGGGCUUGAAGAGCAAGACAAGCAGCAUGCUGUUGUGGUGGCAAAUCAACAAAGGCUCUUGUGCCAAGCCAGCAUUAGGCGCAGGAAACACUGUUCACCGUCCAACAUCCCAACUGCGCCGGACGCGGUUGCUCUUGAGAGUCAGCUGUAUGUCGUCAGAAACAUGUUGCUCGAAAGCGAAACAAAGUGCAUUGUUAUUUGGGGAAUGGGCGGCAUAGGGAAAACAACACUAGCUCGUGCCCUGUUGAAUGACCCUGAGAUUGCCACCAAUUUUGAAAAGCGUGAAUUUGUGACAGUUUCACAACAUCCCAAUGUCACGAAAUGCCAACAACAAGUUUGGGAUGCCCUUGUGGAUUCUGAACAAGGUGUGCAAUUCACCAAUGCUGAGGAUGGCAAAUUGCGACUGCAGACAGCACUGAAGGACGAAGUUGUGUUUAUUGUUCUGGAUGACAUGUGGGAUGAGAACAUUGUUCCGCACUUUGAUGUUGUGUCCGCAAAGAGUCGAGUUGUCAUAACCUCACGAAACAGUGGAAUUGCAACCAGCGUGGGAGCAAGGCGCUAUGCGGCAGCUGCACUUGGUGAGGACGAUUCGAUGCAACUUUUCUGUAAGAAAGCAUUUGCGACUGGGCAGCCUUUGGGGUGGCAGGCUCUGUAUGUGAAGGACAUUGUGAAGGAAUGUGGGGGACUCCCUCUUGCUCUUGAGGUAAUGGGGGCUGAGGUUAAGGGUUAUAGCUCUGGAGAACAAGUGAAACUUGGCCCCACUCCCAGGGAAAAAAGAAAAUGGGAAAGGGCCGUGGAACGCAUAAAGACAAGUGGUGUGGUUGCUGGGGGAUUAUUUGACAAAGUGUUUGCCAUGAGUUUCGAUUCUCUUGACAAUCCGCAUCAGGUGGCUUUGCUGGACUUGGCAAUGCUGCCUGAAGACCAUGAAGCAAGAGAGUCUGAUGUAGCGGAAAUGCAGUGUUGCAAUGGCCUCAGCACUGAUGAAGCAUAUGAGGUGCUGGAGGAAUUGGAGCAAAGAUCCUUGAUCAUUCGCACUGGUGAAGAUGCAUUGAGUGUGUGUGAGUUUCAAACUAGGGGUUUUGCAACAUGCCAUCUGCAUGAUGUGGUUCGUGACAGUGCACUGAGACUGAUGACAAAUCAGCCAUUUGUGGAGAGCUGCCGUCUGGUGUCCCACCAUUUGAAGAAGGAAUUGCCUUUCAAAGAUCAGGGACUGCUGGCAACAAAGUUUUCCACAACGCACAGCAUUGGGCAGGACAGCGAUCUAGAUUUAUGUGCUCUGAACAUGCCCAAUUUGCGAGCCCUGGUCUUGAGGAAUGCAGAGUUGUUGGGUGUGCCUGUAAACUUGCUCUCUGCAAGCCUUGUGGUCAUUGAUUUGGCAUUUUCGGGAGUUGCCGUCCUACCUUCAGAAGUUGCGUGUGCUACAUCCGCGAGGGUGCUGCGAUUGGAUGGAUGUGAUAGGUUGGAGCAUCUGCCCUGUGAAGUGGGCACCAUGCAACAGCUUCAGGUGUUGUCCAUGCGGGGAUGCCAAGGCAUAUAUGAAUUGCCAGAGUCCCUUGCGAGGCUUUCAAAUCUAAGAAAGCUCCUAAUGCCCACUUGUGGAAUUGCACAUUUCUUGUCAAUGGAGUUGGGCUCUUUGCAAAGUUUGAAAAUGUUGGAUCUGAGUGGCUGCUUUGGGUUGAAGCACUUGCCUCCUAGUUUAGGAGAGUUGGCAGGCUUGACGGCUCUUGACUUGGACAGUUGUUGGCAGCUGAGCUCUCUGCCAUCCACCAUUGGGAAGUUGGCACGAUUGGAGGUGUUGCUCUUGCAUGGAUGCACAAGUCUUGAGGAGCUGCCUAGCGCUAUGACACUCCUUCACAAUUUGGCAGAGUUGGAUGUCCAAGGAUGCCAUCGGCUCAAAUGUCUUCCUCAAGGUUUCGCUUAUGGCUGCCCUGGGUUGAAAAUACUUCGUCUUCAAGAGAAUUCACAGUUUGUGUUGCCAGACUUUGUUCUGGAAUUGCAGCAUCUGGAGGUCUUGGGUGUGGACAGGGUCUGCAUGCUGCCUGGCAGCAUGGCUCAGGAUUUGAACGGCCAACGAGUGUCGUUGGAGCAGCAGCCAACAGAAGAUUACGAAUCCAAGCAUCAUAUGGAAAGAGACACUCCUCUCCAUUGGGCUGCAGGAAUGGGCAUGUUGGGAAUGGUAGAGUAUCAUCUGACAGAAACCAGUGUGGACGCCCCAAAUCUGUUUGGUGACACGCCCCUCUUAAAGGCAGCUGAGAAUGGACGCACCGCCACUGUCAAGUUGCUUCUGGACAGAGGGGCAUCUAUUGAUGAAGCUGACCAGUUCGGCAACAUGCCUCUCUUAAGGGCAGCUGAGAAUGGAUACACUGGCACCGUCGAGUUGUUUCUGAACAGAGGGGCAGCUGUUGAGGCAGCUGAUGGGUUUGGCAAAACGCCUCUCUUUCGGGCAGCACAGCACGGACACACUGCCACUGUCAAGUUACUCCUGAACAGAGGGGCGUCUGUUGAUGCAGCUGACCGGUCUGGCCACACGCCUCUCAUAUCGUCGGCAUGCUAUGGACAUACUGCCACCGUCGAGUUGCUCCUAAACAGAGGGGCAACUGUUGAUGCUGCUAGCCGGUCUGGCUACACAGCUCUCAUUCGGGCAGCAGAGAGUGGACAUGCUGCCACUGUUGAGUUGCUCCUGAACAGAGGGGCCUCUGUUGGUGUGGCUGACCACUCUGGCUACACACCUCUCUUGUGGUCAGCAUGCUAUGGACACACUGCAACCGUGGAGCUGCUUCUCAACAGGGGGGCGUCCGUUGAUGCUGCUAGCCAUGAGGCCUUCACGCCCCUCUUAUUGGCAGCAGUGAAUGGACAUGCUGCCACUGUGAAGUUGCUUCUAAACAGAGGGGCUUCUGUUGUCGUGGCUGACAGAGAUGGCAACACGCCUCUCAUAUGGUCAGCAUUCUAUGGCCACACUGCCACUGUCAAAGUUCUCCUGAACCAGGGGGCGGCUGUUGAUGCAGCUAACCAGUUUGGCUACACGCCUCUCUUAAGGGCAGCAGAAAAUGGACAUGCUGUUGCUGUUGAAUUGCUUUUGAACAGAGGGGCGCCUAUCGAUGCAGCUAACCAGGAGGCCUGCACCCCUCUAUUGUCAGCAGCAGAGAAUGGGCAUGCUGCCGUUGUCGAGGCGCUCCUGAACAGAGGGGCGUCUGUUGAUGCAACUGACCAGGAUGGCAACACUCCUCUCUUAAGGGCAGCGAAGAAUGGAUACGCUACCACUGCAGAGUUGCUCCUGAACAAAGGGGCAUCUGUUGAUGCACCUGACCAGGAGGCCUACACGCCGCUCUUAUGGGCAGCAGGGAAUGGGCAUGCUCCCACUGUCGAGUUGCUCCUGAACAGAGGGGCGUCCAUUGAUGCAGUUGGACCGUUGGGCUACACGCCUCUCUCAUGGGCAGCACACAAUGGACAUGCUGCCACUGCUGAGCUGCUCCUGAACAGAGGGGCGUCCGUUGAUGUGACCAACCAGGAAGGAAAGACCCCAUUGAUUAUUGCUAUGGAAAAGGGAGCAUCUGAGAUUGUGGAGUUGCUUCUGGGCCGUGGAGCACAAGUGGGCAUUGAGGACAAGAGUGGACGGGGGCCGACAGCACAUGCAAGGGAACAGGGGCAUCUGGCAUUGGUCCAAAAGCUGGAGGCGGCAGCAGUCGAGCAAGGCGAGGCCAUGGAGAGGGCAGAGGGCGAGUAG